AGUGACACAGGGAACUCUCCAGGGUGCUGACCAGGGACAUGGCGCUGACGGAGCCAACGCUGUAAUGUAGCCUGCAGAUUUUCUUUAGCGUGCAGUUGUCAUUUAGAAUAUAAUUGAUUUAAUAUUGUGGUAUAAUGCUAUAUAACACUAAUCGACAAUUUAGGUGCUACAGACGCGCAUCAUCCUCCCAUUGUAUAAGUCUAUUUAGUUGGAAAGUAUUUCUCAGUGAGUGCAAUAUAUAAGUGUAAACGUGUCUGUUAUGAAGGCAUCCUAGCAUUGGUAAUGCUGUAAGUUCCUAGCAUUGGUGGUGCUGUAAAUCUUACUAUCAUGGAACCUUAAUAGACUUAAGAUGAACCAGUAUAAUAACUCAGCCAUCACCCCAGAAUGCAACAGAGACCCAGGACACAGGACUCUCUUAAAUGUGGCGCAGUCUCAUGGCUUUCAGCUGCUCAGUGUUCUCCGAUCUUUUAGACAACAAGGCUUGUUGUUUGAUUUCACCAUCAACGUGCAGGACCAGAAUUUCCCCUGUCAUCGUUGUGUGCUUGCAGCAUCCAGUGACUUCUUUAGGGCUAUGUUUGAGGUGGACAUGCGUGAGCGUGGAGAUGGCUCUGUUACCCUAACUGACCAGAGUCCUGCAGCAGUGAGCACGUUUCUGGAUUUUGCUUACUCUGGAGAAGCACUCAUUACUGAUGCAAAUGUAGACAUGAUAUUUCAGAUCGCCUCCUUCCUUCAGAUCACAGUCCUCUUAAAAGCAUGCAGUGAUUUUCUCAUAGGGACCAUGGAUCUUACAAAUAUCCUCUCCCUUUUGUCCCUUGCCGAGGCUUAUGGUUCAGCCUCACUACUCCAAAGUGCCAAUGAUUUUGUAGUUGAGAACUUUUAUGACUUGUCUCAAAAUAAGGAUUUUCUGGAUAUGCAGGUAAAUGUAUUAGAAACAUGCCUUAGAUCAGACUCUCUGAAUGUUCCCAGUGAAGAGAACGUGGUCAUAUCUCUUCUGCGAUGGAUACAUCACAGUCUUCCUGAAAGACAAAAGCUGCUGCCAGGACUACUGUCUCUGACACGACUGCACCAUGUCCCUGCAACUGCCCUAAAGACCUUGUUUGAUUUGGACCCUCUUCUGUCCACUGAUGAACAAUGCCUUGCGUUACGGUCAGAAGCACAGCACAUGCAGAGUCAGUACAAUGGUCUCAUGACGGACGCCAGACCAUCCACAACCCAAGACUACAUCUACAUCCACAAAACAGAGGAGAACGGUGAGAUCCACCACAGCUUCUGUUACAGCCUGGAUUCAGACCAUUGGCAGGAGGUGAGGAUAGAGGACAUCACAGUGCCUGAUCCUCCUGGCUGCCACUUCACAAGCUAUGCAGAGAAGAUAUUUGUUACAGGUGGUUGUCGUGGAAACUGUUGCCCUGAAAUCCGCCGCCAUGUGGGCGAACUAUACCAUGAUGCCACAGAUGAGGUGUGGUGCUUUUACCCUGUGACCCAGACCUGCAGCCCUGUUCCUGCCUUGAUCACACCCCGCACCAUGCACACUGCAGUGAUGUGCCUCAAUCGAAUAUAUGUUAUUGGAGGACGGACAAGAGGAUCCAGAGGUGAAACUACAAGUCUGUUGGAGGUGGAGUACUACAACCCUCUGUGUCAGACCUGGACUGCUGUCAGCCCUCUGCCCACUGCUAUAUUUUUCCCAGAAUCCGCCACCUGUGACAGUAUUAUUUACACUUUGGGUUCUGAGGUAGAGAUCACAGAUUCCUUUAACCCUUUGCUUGACUGCUUCUUGCAGUAUGAUGCCAAACAAGACCAAUGGACACGCCUAGUUGCAGAGUUUGGACAGUUCUUUCACGCUAGACUUGUCAAAGCAGUAUCUAUUAACAAUACACUGCAUCUGUGUGAUUUGUCAACUUAUAAGGUUUUCAGUUUUUGCCCAGAAACAUGCGAGUGGAAGGGUGAGGGUUCUUUUGAGAGUGCAGGGUUCAAUGCCGGGGCUUUGGGAACAAGAGACCGAAUCUACGUCCUGGGAGGGGACUAUUCACCAGACGAGAUCACUGAUGAAGUUCAGGUAUAUCAUAGUGGUAAAAGUCAAUGGGAGGAGGUGGCACCAAUGCCCAGACCACUGACUGAGUUCCACUGUCAGCUCAUCAGCUUCAACAAAUACAGAGACCCAUGGAGAGAUGAGACAUAGACUGAUAUUCAUAACAUACAUGGGCUUUACUACAUGGUGGCCAAUGGCUUUCCCAGCCAUGUGCACCUUAUCCAUUGUUUAGUUUAAAAUAGCUUGUGCGGUCUCAGACAUGUCCAGUUAUGUGUUCAAUCUCUCCCGUGGAGGAACCCGAUCAGUUAUGUUAUUGUGUUAAAGCUGUUUGUUGAGAGACAAGUGCAACCCCUACUAGAU